GGUGGGGUUGAGAAGAGUGAGCUCUGAUUAGCGAAAACCUAGCCGUCGCACCAGUCGACUAGACGCCGACUCCGCACGGAGGAAUCUCCCAGACUGUAUGGUGCAAACCAAUUUAAGUAUUUCACUUAUUUUUAGGGACCGGCUGUAUGAUUAAGCUACAAUUUUCAAUGAGUAAGCAUAUCCCACAGUUCUGUGGUGUUCUGGGUCACACAUUUAUGGAGUUUCUGAAGGGCAGUGGAGACUACUGCCAGGCUCAGCACGUUGCCUAUGCAGACGAGUGAACACCAGACCUCACCAUCUCCCAGACACACUCGGCCCACAAGUGGAUCUGCAAGUUGGCAGGACCAGGACACCUCCUAUAACCAGCAAAAAGGGGGUCUGGAUGGGGUAACUCCACCUGCAGCACACUGCCCUUGUUGGCUUCUGCUUAGCCAGAAUCAAGGUGGAACCUCCCUCGUUUUAUCAAAGGAGAGGGGUUGGAAUUUGAUUGUCCAUCAUUUUUUAUUUUUUGUUAAGAUUGUAGCUGUGGAAAACCUUGUUUUAUCAACAGUAUUGCAAUGGCUCGUAUGAACAGACCUGCUCCUGUGGAGAUCACCUACAAAAACAUGAGGUUUCUCAUUACCCACAAUCCUACUAAUGCCACUCUGAAUAAAUUCAUUGAGGAGUUGAAAAAGUAUGGAGUGACUACUGUUGUGAGAGUAUGUGAGGCCACCUAUGAUGCCACUUUGGUAGGGAAGGAAGGAAUUCAGGUUCUGGAUUGGCCAUUUGACGAUGGAGCUCCACCCUCUAACCAGAUUGUUGAUGAUUGGUUGAACCUCCUGAAGGUGAAGUUUAGGGAGGAGCCUGGUUGCUGCAUUGCUGUCCAUUGUGUAGCCGGACUGGGAAGAGCUCCUGUCUUGGUUGCUCUUGCCAUGAUUGAAUGUGGAAUGAAAUAUGAAGAUGCAGUCCAGUUCAUUCGGCAGAAACGUCGAGGAGCAUUCAACAGCAAGCAGCUCUUCUAUUUAGAAAAGUAUCGUCCAAAGAUGCGCCUGCGCUUCAAAGACUCCAAUGGCCAUCGUAACAACUGCUGCAUCCAGUAGUGCCAAUUCUGGUCCAGCCCAACUCCUCUAUAAAUAAAGAAAAAUGUAAUCUUCAACUUGUUACCUUGCAGACUUGAGUUUUUAAUUAGUCCAUAAUCAUUGUGUUGAAGUAUUUUCAUAGGAAAUUAUCCAUAGUAAUUGAAGUGUUUCCAUUUUAUUCUUCAAUUUAAGAUGUCAGAUAUCAUGAAAAGAAGUUUGUGACCCAGUAACAGUGAGUGUUCUCUUAAUGUACCCCUCAGAAUGUGCCCAUAAAAAAGAUUGAGUGAGUUAAGCCUAUCAAAAAAAUAUAUAUAUACUGUAGGUGUGAAAACAUCCCAAACGUUUUAAGUGCAAGGAACUCUUAGAAUUAUAAUUGUUCAGAGAUAUCAUGAUAGAACAUAGUAGUUAAGUAUACCUCUUAAUGUUAUCAAGUUGAAGAUUAAUAAAAAGAUGUAUGCCCUCCAUGGUUAAUACUUACAUGCCUUACAAUUUAAAUGGAACAACGCUAUGGAGUCUGAGUUUGCGUCUGAUAGAAUAAGUGUUUCAUUUUUCUACAUGGAACAAAAUGUUGCCUUUGUCUUAUACAGGACGUCUACACACACUUAACCGCUUUCAGUAACUAUUUUGAAUAUAAAAUGUUUUUCUUUCAAUAUUUGUUAAUUGAAAGUCUGGGAUCUUGUAAAACAAAUUCCUUAUCAAACUCUUGUUUACUAAGUACUGCCAUGUCCAAAAUGUGAUUUUGUGUCUUUGCUUCAAACUGUCUGCAAUAUUUUGUAUGCCUUUUUAUUUUAUUUGUGUAACUUAAUACUUGAUACUUGAUGAUUUAUGUAUUGAAACUGUGUAUUAUUAUUAUUAGGUUGGCUAUUUAUACUAUCAGUGGAUGUGUGUUUUAGUACCGUGAGCGACAAAUUGUAACUGUUCACCCACUUGUGAAAGUACAUUAAAAUGAUACACUGAAAAAGUAUGUCAAAUGGAAGGCUUUGUAAUGUUAUAGUUCUGUUAGCUACAUUAUGUGUAGAGUUUAUUAGACUUACUUGUCCCCAACUACAUUUGGAUUCCAUUGGAUUUUGUCAGUGGCAUCAUGGUAAUCUAAACUGUCUACGACUGGGACCAGUGCAGGAAACAAAAACAGAUUCUACAUUGUUCUAUAGAGGAUUUGUUGAAAACCAAUGGGAAGCGGAAAGGUUGUGAGGAGCUUCAUCCACUAAUCGUAAGAUGGAUGGUUCAACCCCCGACUCCUCCUGGCUAUGAGUUGAAGUGUCCUUGAGCAAGACACUGAACCCCAAGUUGCUCUUGAUGGGCAGACCAAUGCCUCACAAGGCAGCUCUGUCGCCGUCAGUGAGUGUGUGUGUGAAUGGGUGAAUGAGAGGCAAAUGUAAAACGCUUUGGGUGUGCCGCUAGGUGCUGCUAAAAUGACCUAUAUAAAUGCAGUCCGCUUACCAUUUAAUGGAUUUGAAAAGAUUUGUGAAAUUGUCUUUGAUUUUGUGAAUCUUGCAUUUUGAGGUAAGUAUUUUAACUUUAUCCAUAUAAAGUAAAUAGAACUCAUGAAGAACCCAUCUUGAAACAAGUUUUUAACAGCAACUGAAUCAACAAUAUGUUUAACAUACAUGGUUUAUAAAUAAGGCUGUUGGUUGCGCCCAAGAUUAAGUGAGACCAAUCUGCACCCCCUUGUUAUACAAUGCAGGCUUUAUGGCUGCUGAUCAAAGUAUGCAAAGCAUUAUCAAAAUGUGUUUAUUUCUUCUUUUGUACUCUUUCUUUCUUUUUUCGGUCUUUUGAACUUUACGAUGUGACUUUUUACCUUAAUAUAAUAAAUAAGAAUGUCAUUAAAAA